AUGUCUAUAAAAUUAUCGCGUCAAAGCUAUGCUUCUUCAUCCACACAAUCUCGUCCCGUUCGAACCUUUCCUAAAACGGAAGAACUAGAAAGUAUAAUUUCAAAAAUCGUAAAGUCCGAAGAACGAAAGGAAAUUGAAUCCAAAACUUUUCUUUCCUUACAUGAUUUAAUUGUUCCAAGUUUAAAGCCCAAGCGCGCGGGUCCACCUAGAGCUCAAAAUUGUUUUUUGAUCUUUAGGAAGGAUUUACAGGCCAGUAUGAAAUCUCAAACGGACCUAAGAACGUCUUCAAACGGUUUGAUUUUUAGAACAUACUUAAAACAGUAUUUGCAAAAUUAUAUGCCAUCUCCCGACGACAAAACAUCUGGAAUGAAGAUAGUUUCGAAUACCGCUUUUAAGAUGUGGACAUCUGAAACUGAAAUUAAGCAGGUCUAUAUACAGGUUUCAAAAAUUGCAAAAGCUGUCCAUAAAUUCAUGUGGCCGGAUUACAAAUACCAGCCCAAUCGAAAAAAACGUAUACAAAAUUCUUUUCUUUGUGAACCUUAUACUUAUAUUCCCGAACCCUCUCAACAAACACAAACAUCAUAUUCUCGUAAUUUUGUUCCUUUUACUCGAAUCCCAUACCAGCCCAAUCGAAAAAAAUGUAUACAAAAUUCUUUUCGUUGUGAACCUUAUACUUAUAUUCCUGAACCCUCUCAACAAACACAUACAUCAUAUUCUCAUAAUUUUGUUCCUUUUACUCGAAUCCCUCAUAUAACACAAUUGGAUGUCGCUCCAAGUAAGUUAAAUUAUUCUUAUGACAGAUCUCUCUGUCAGUCUGUUGACAGACAUGUAGUGAUUUAA